CAAUUUUAGUUUGUUUUUGUUUCAGCGGUGUGGAAAUAAAAUGUUUCAGCCAGAAAAGUAAAAGUUCCGACUUUUCAGCACGUUUUUCAACAUUCUUCUUAAUUUAAUUUAAAAAUGUUUUCGUCUCAAAUUAAUCCUGGUUUAAUGAUUAAUAAUAAAGCCGCCAUUCUUCGUAAAUUGAAGGAAAUUAAUUUAAAUUAUGAUUGGUUUGAAACCCUUGAAACAAACCCUACCACAGAAACAUUGGUGGAUGAUGAAGUUGACCAUGAUUUCAAUAGAGAAAUGCAUUUCUAUCGUCAAGCACAAGCUUCAGUGCUAGAGAGUUUAAAGAGACUGCAUUCCCUCAAUGUACCAACAAAAAGGCCUGAGAAUUAUUUCGCCGAGAUGGCCAAGAGUGAUCAACUUAUGUUAAAAGUAAAAAAAGCCUUGUGUGAAAGAGAAUAUGUUCUCAGUAAGAUAGCAAGGAUAAAGAAACUUCGAAAUGAAAAACAUGGGGCAAAAAUGGAGAAAAGACAUGAGAGACAUGAGACAAAGCAGAAUGAAACUCCUAAAAAAGGCAAACCAGUAAAAAAAAUAUCCAAGAAAGCUCUCCAUAAAAAGAAAGUCUACGGUUGUGCAGGUGGUCAAAAAAAGAGAAGCAAAUACAACACAGCAGAAUCCGCAGCUAAUGUUUCACAUGGCAAAAAAGGCAAACCCAAAAUAUAUAAGAAAAAAUUUAAUACUAAUCGAUUUUGAUUAAUGUUGAAAAGUGUUUGAAACACAUUUUUGAUAAUAUCUUCCAUUAAAUUUGAAGAAAAAACCA